CAAGUUCCUCAUUCAACAACUUCAAGCCAUCGAGACAGCAAGACUAGAAACAAGGUGUGGUGGACAAAUGAAUAUGUAUACUUAUAAUUAAUAAUUAAAUCCUUUGUGGAGAAGAUCCAACUUGAGACUUCAUUAGUAAACUGUAUGUUAAACUGUUUACAGACAUCAUAUGUGAAGAGGACAUCAUGAAGUCCAUUCUUUGUACAUGUGCAGUGUUUCUGGUACUUCCAUGGAAACUAACUGGUGAGAUAACCUUUAGUCCAAGCAGCACCAUGAAGCACGAUGAGAGUUUUAAACCUCAUGGAUCAACCAUCAGAAGUAACGAACUAAACAUUUCAACAACAAAUCAAACAACCCACAGGCAGAAUGAAGUUGUUUUAAAACAUAAAACAACAUUAAGGACUGCUGGAGCAACCAUUUUUUCUCCGAAAAACACAGAACAUACUUCAAACCAUCAUGGCAAAACAACCAAUAGCCAGACCACCUUAAGGCAGCAUGAAGGUAUUAUUACAGGUAAUGAAACAACCAUAAGGAGUGCUACAUCAACCAUGUUCUCCCCAAAAAACACAGAACUUCCUUUGAAAACACAUGGUAAAACAACCGAUGGCCAGACCACCACCUUGCGGCAUAAAGUUACUUCAAAGGGUAAUGGAACAACCAAAAGGAUUGCUAGAUCAUCCUUGUUGCCCUUAAAUACCACAGAAUCAAAAACAAAUGGUAAAACAACCAAUAGCCAGACCACCAACAGGCAGUAUGAAGGUAUUAUAGGUAAUGAAACAACCACAAGGAGUGCUGAACCAACAAUUUAUACUACAAAAAACAUUAACCUUCCUUUGAAACCAAAUACAACCAAUAGCUCAGCUAGUACCGGGUUGUAUGAAGGUCAUGAAACAAUCACAAAUGGUUAUAAAUCCAUGACAUCUUUGCUACAAACACAACAUAAGUACAUCACUGAGGAAAGCAAAAAAGUCUCAUCUUCAACAUCACUCCCACAAACCUUAAAGCACCAACAUGCUACAAGUGUGAGCAAUGCUGAAACUCCAACCCACACAGUGAUGAGCUCUGGAGAAGAAAGUAGAUCCUCUUCACAUUCAUCCUUCGUCACAGCACAAACAAGGAAUAUGUCAGAUAAGGUCACUACCAGAAGAAGUUUCAAUUUCACCAGUAAAGGUCCAGAUAUAUAUACUCAUGAAAACCAAACUACUAUAAAUGGAGCAAAAGAACCUUCUAAGUCACAAACUGAUAUGUCCACGCAUUUCGAAAAAACUCCAGAAGUUAUUACAAGUUCAUCUGAAAUAGAAGUGAAGACCACAGGAACAGUCACUACCAAAUGGUCUUCACAUUCCCAAGUAAAUGAAAGCACACCUCUGCCAAUACUCACAGGCACCUACCCACUCAACGCAUCGACUACCACUGGAGUUUCCACUCUCCUUAGUCCAAAUGUUGACACAGAGAGUGGUACAACUAAAACUACCAACACUUUGGACACAACAACAUACGAAAUUACAAAAAACACUGCCGGAGAGAAAAAAAGCAGCCCUGAAAGUAGAACUACCCCCAUCACCCAGACAGAUAGCGUCACAACUACUACAUCAAAAUCGCCCACCAACGAAAGUAACAAAGAAAGUCAUCCAGGACGAAUAGUAGCCUUCCUAAUUGGUACCAUUCUGUGUCUUAUGCUUAUUGCAUUUGUUGUGAUAAUGUUUAAAAAUCGGCAGAAGAAGAAAAAGCAGAAGGAGAAUCCUGACUGGGCUGGACCUUCACCAUUCAUCGAAGCUGAUAUCAAUCCUCAGCCACGAAGCAACAAUGAGGAUGGAUCAUUCCACAAUCAUGAGUUCAAAAGAAUUUCCCUCCAUUCGUUCCUUCCCCAACGGCUUUCCAAGCGGCUCUCCAUGUUAAGCCCCACAGAAGAGGAGAUUCCCCUUGAGGACACUCAAAUGAGCAGUACGUUUGGAAAGGGUAAUGGUGAGCCACUGAAUGGAAAUGCAACACAAGCCCAAAUUCAAAACAUUGAGGAAAACAGUCCACCUACUGAGGUUACUUUAGACACCAAUAUUCCUGAGGCUGUAAAAAACUGUCCUCCUACUGAAAACGAUGAGCAUAUCCCUACCACACCCAAACUUGAUAAGGUCAUUCCCCCUCCACCUGCAGAGAUAGAAACUGCCACUUCAACUACAUUUGAAGAUGUGGAUCUUAAUCUUUCUCCGGAAAAGAAUACUGAAACCUCAUCACCGUCCGAUGUUCUGCACGCCACUUCUCCACCACUAGCACCAUCCUAGGUAUGUAGGAAAAACCUUCAAGCAAACCACAAACUAUUAGAGGAAAGAUUCUUCAAAGAAAGAUAUGUACACAGAAUAAAAGCGGGAAUAAGAUGUUAAAACGCCUCCACAUUAGGGCCCCGGGAUCUUUUCUGAGAAGACUUAGGCCCAAAGUCUGAUUUAAUUUAAUCAGUGAUAGCACAAUCACUGCUUGGUAAUUGCUUCAGAGUACACUGGAAGAGGUCACCACUAUCUCUAUGAAAUAAUGUUUUGGUAAUUAAAAUUUUUUAUUUUAUUAUUUUUUUAUUUUAUUUUAAAAUGGGUAAAAAACUAUUUUAAAAAGCGUACACAGUUAAUGUUCUUGAUCAUCAAGACACUCCAGAUAGAUAGAUACUUCUAUAGGAAAUUCCAGUUUACAAUGUGAUUUACUCUCAUUUUGGGAGAUGAGGACACUGCACAUAAAAUGAAGUUAAAAGCAAGAGACUGAUAGAGUAAAAAGUGGUAAAAACUGUUGUGUUGCAUGCUACAGCAUGUCCAUCUAUUUAAUAAAUAAUUUCUAAGGCA